AGCGGCCCGGAUUCAGGGACGCUCAUUGGCCAAGAGGGGCCUUGGCCGUGCGUGAGGCCACGCCCCCGCGGCUGAGAGGUUGGUUGCGCGGCCGCCGGGGAAGGAGACGCUGCCCUUUCGCAGCGAUGGGAUCCCGGCUCUGUGGAGGGACCCUCCGGUGUGCACAUUCCUGUUUCUCGGGGCCGUGCAUGGCUCCUGGGACCCGGCCGGCAGCCAGCUGAAGACGCUCUCCCAGGACACACUCCCCCCCGGGGCUCUGGCCUGGGUGCCGGUCCCGCCAUGGCGUUCCGGAGGACGGAGGGCAUGUCCAUGAUCCAGGCCCUGGCCAUGACGGUGGCCGAGAUCCCUGUGUUCCUGUACACGACGCUGGGACAGUCUGCAUUCUCGCAGCUGCGGCUGACACCAGGCCUGCGGAAGGUCCUGUUUGCCACCGCCCUGGGGACCGUGGCCUUGGCCCUGGCCGCCCACCAGCUGAAGAGGCGGAGGCGGAGGAAGAAGCAGGUCGGCCCUGAGAUGGGAGGUGAGCAUCUGGGCACGGUGCCCCUCCCCGUCCUCAUGGCCAAGAAGACCCCGUCGGUGAAGAAAGGCUACUCCAGCCGGAGGGUGCAGAGCCCCAGUAGCAAGAGCAACGACACGCUGAGCGGCAUCUCCUCCAUUGAGCCCAGCAAGCGCUCAGGCUCCUCCCACAGCUUGGCCUCGAUGGUGGCGGUGAACACAUCCAGCCCCGCAGCUGCGGGCUCGGGACCAUGGGAUGGCAGAGGGAUGGAGGAGGCUGUGAUGACCAGCGAUGGCAAUGCCGAGAGCCUCUACAUGCAAGGCAUGGAGUUAUUCGAGGAGGCGCUGCAAAAAUGGGAGCAGGCGCUGAGCGUGGGGCAGAGGGGAGACAGCGGCAGCACCCCCACACCAGGGGACGGCCUCCGGAACCCCGAGACCGCUUCCGAGGUGCUUUCUGAGCCAGAGUCCCAGCGGAGGGAGUUCGCAGAGAAGCUGGAGUCCCUGCUGCACCGGGCCUACCACCUGCAGGAGGAGUUUGGGUCCACCUUCCCGUCCGACAGCCUGCUGCUGGACCUGGAGCGGACCCUCAUGCUGCCCCUGGCCGAGGGCUCGCUGCGCCUGCGGGCGGACGAUGAGGACAGCCUGAUCUCCGACGAGUCCUUCUUCUCUGCCACCGAGCUCUUUGAGUCCCUGCAGGUGGACGACUACCUGAUCCCGCUCUCCAGGCCCGCUGCCGCGUACGAGGAGGCGCUGCAGCUGGUGAAGGAGGGCAAGGUGCUCUGCCGGACCCUCAGGACAGAGCUGCUGUGCUGCUACAGCGACCACGACUUCCUGGCCAAGCUGCACUGCGUGCGGCAGGCGUUCGAGGGCCUCCUGGAGGACCAGACUCACCGGCUCUUCUUCGGGGAGGUGGGCCGCCAGAUGGUGACGGGCCUGAUGACCAAGGCUGAGAAGAGCCCCAAAGGCUUCCUGGAGAGCUACGAGGAGAUGCUGAGCUACGCUCUGCGGCCGGAGACCUGGGCCACCACGCGGCUGGAGCUGGAGGGCCGCGGGGUGGUGUGCAUGAGCUUCUACGACAUCGUGCUGGACUUCAUCCUCAUGGACGCCUUCGAGGACCUGGAGAACCCGCCGUCCUCCGUGCUGGCCGUGCUGCGGAACCGCUGGCUGUCCGACAGCUUCAAGGAGACGGCCCUGGCCACUGCGUGCUGGUCCGUCCUCAAAGCCAAGAGGAGGCUGCUGAUGGUGCCUGACGGCUUCAUCUCCCAUUUCUACUCCGUAUCGGAGCACGUGAGCCCCGUCUUGGCCUUUGGCUUCCUUGGACCCAAGCCCCAGCUCGCCGAAGUCUGUGCUUUCUUCAAGCACCAGAUCGUGCAGUACCUGCGGGACAUGUUCGACCUGGACAACGUGCGGUACACCUCGGUGCCGGCGCUGGCCGACGACAUCCUGCAGCUGUCCCGGCGACGCAGCGAGAUCCUGCUCGGCUACCUGGGGGCGCCGGCGGCCGGCAGCCUGGGCCUGAACGGCGAGCUGCCCCGAGACAGCGGCCCCCCGGGGGAGCUGUAGCCGCGCGGGCGCUGGCUGGCAGGGGGCUGCUGGGCCCCGUCCACGUGGUGAUGGCAGAGCCGAGGUGCCUCCUCCCUCCUUCGGGUUGACAAUCAAGGGCCGGGGCAUCUGUGCAUCAGCAGCACAGAGCCCAGGCUGUGAGUGCCGAGGGCAGUUGCCCCUGACCUUGCCCCACCCCCAGUCAUUCUGGGGAUCCCCAAGGCCUGGGGCGUGAACUUCCCUGAGAGGGAGGGAGCCCCUAGGGGCCUGGCUGCCCUCGGCUGUCCCCGGGGAGGCGGCGGCUGACCAGUGGCCAGUGGGGCCUGAGGGAGAGGACGGUAGGAAGAGAGAGAGAGGAAGUUGUUGUGAAGGGAAUUGGGGCAGGCAGAGCUGGGGUGCCCUGGGUGUGGGACCCCAAAAGCUCCCACCACUCUGGGCUGCUGACGAGGGGCUGGGAGGGAGGAGGUGAAAAUGGGGUGCAGGGCUCUGUGGGGAAGGUCCUCCGUGUCCUGAGCUGGAAGGAACCUGGCUGAGAUUCUCAGAAUCCAGGCCCCUGGCCACCAGUUCCCAGACCCCACCACCACCCAGAGCGUUUGCAACUCAGUGAGGGCGGGGCCUCCAGGUGGCCGUCAGGAGGGGGACGCAGGAGGGACUCUCCUGUGCUCCCAUCUGGGCAGGGACUGGGCGCUGGUCAGACCCAAGCACCACCCAGGACAUUGUCCUCCCUGCCAAAGCCUGUCAUCUCCGCUCUGCCACCCAAAGACAGGCGGGGCGGGGCCUGUGCCCCACCCUCCUCCCACCCUCCUCCCUCCUGAGCCCAGGACUCUGGGUGGUGCUGGGUGCUGGGCGGAGGCUCUGACCGGGAGUGGUCAGGCCUAUCGCCUGUGCUGCCCUGGCUGGUGGCCCAGGAGCGGGGCCCAGGGACCACACGGCGGAGGUCAGGAGGCCGACGCUGGCCCAGCCCCCAGCCCUCACCAGGACAGGGACCUGCCCCGCACGGGGACGCACACGUCUGAGUCCGCGCAGGGCCGCCUCCCGCUGGUCCUGCAGAUGGAGGCAGCCCUGUCCCCGCCAUCUGUCCCCGUCACAGGUUCUCUCAGCCCCGCAGACUCACCGGAGCUGGGAUGUUUUAUUUAUUGCCUUAACACUUUAUUUUGAGGUUCUGCCCGUCCGGGUUGGGAGGCCUGUGAGAGAAAUAACACUCUCCCUGCUCUCCACUCCCUGGAUUUGGGGACUGGCUCCUCAGGCUGGACCCCUCCCUGAAUGGCAGAGGGGUCCAGGGAAGGAUGAUCUUGCCCAUUUGGGUGGGGGGAGAGAGGGGGUGGGCAAGGGAGAUGUGAGCCCACUUCCCUCCUGGAACCCAUCCCUCUGCACCCCUCUCCCUUCCCAUGCUUCCCCGGGCUCUGGCCCCAAACCCACCUGCGGCCUCCGGGAGGUCAGGCCCCAGGUGCCCUCUCCCAUCCCAACAUUCCGUCACUGACACUUUCCCGGCUGUGAAUGUAAUCUGGGGCCUGGGCCCGCCCGCACUGAUUUACUCCCAAAUCACACACAAGUGGCAUUUUCAUUUUCUCUGUUUACACAUCUGUGCUCUGCCCCCGGCACCUCAUCUGUCACAGCUUCUAACUUCUGUGUGGUGAGCUCUGUGCACCGACAUCGAGUCCAAUAAAUGAUCUAAAGGA